AUGAUUCGUUUAUUAUUGUUGUUAACAUGUGCCGUAGGCGUUUGGACUUUUAAAAUUAAAAGUGUUCCAUCCUGUGGCUUGGAGGCAAGUUCCAAUCUGGUGCACCAUAAUCCAUGGUUGGUGUACAUCGAGUAUUGGAGAGGAGACCAUAGGACUUACGUGAGGUGUGCUGCUACCCUGGUAGAUAGCAGACACAUCAUCACAGCAGCCCAUUGCAUCAGGACCCCAAAAUUUACCAGAAUAGUGGCUCGUCUUGGCGAGUAUGACUUGUCAAAAGUCGAGGACUGCGUUGAUGGGAUCUGCACUGACAAGAUUGUCAGAAUAGAUGUGGAGAAGGUCAUCGUCCAUCCAAAGUACGAUGGAAAAAGCAAUGACAUCGCUGUUCUGAAGCUUGCAGAGGAUGCACCUUAUACCGAUUUCAUCCGACCAAUUUGUCUGCCAACGGGCGAGCUUCAAUCGGGCACAAUGUUCGCUGCUACGGGAUGGGGCGAGAUUCCCAUUCAAGGGUACUACAGCACUACGAAGAAAAUCAUCCCCCUACCGUUGUGGGGAAGAGCUGAAUGCAAGGCUGCGUACAGCACUCUAGUCGUUCCUGAGAACACUAUCUGUGCUGGAGGUGAAGAAGGCAUUGACACUUGUAGAGGUGAUUCAGGUGGUCCACUAGUCCGAUAUGAAGGAAGAGCCGAAUUAUGGGGGGUGACCAGUGCUGGGAAUAGCCACUGUGGAACUAAAGGCUCUCCUGGUAUCUACACGAAUGUCGCCGUGUAUCUGCCAUGGGUGAAGGACGCUCUAGCUGGAGUCCACGACGAUAAAGCGGAAAAGAUUGAUGUAGUUUAA